CUAGAUCGUGGAAAAGAACCUGCAGACGAGCUACAAGAGAUGCUCACUUUUCUGAAAGAUUAUCACAGAAAAUUAACCCGCGUGCUUGUUGAAGAGGCGGAUGUCGGGAUCAACUCGGUGGAGGUCGUGCGUGCGAUUAUGCAAUCGUUGAAUUUCGCCGCUAGCCGCAGUACAACGGUGUUCAAGCAUGAUCUUCAUGCGGAACAAACUUGUGGACGAGUACUAUAUGAUCAUCCUUCCUCUACACGAACUUCUCAGCCAAUUACUAGUACAGAAGUGGAGUCUAUUUCUAAUUCUAGUGGGGAUGAUUUUUCCCCGACAUUGCGAGAGUUGCUGAUGAUGCAGAGGGACGUUGCUCCGCGACUCUUCCGGCUUAUCGAUCAGAAACCAACACCGGAAGCAGAAAACUCGGAACAGUCCCUAGAACUAUGUGCCGACGCUUACUCCUUGAUAGCUAUGCUUGCCGGACGCGGGUCAGCCUUCUUCGUUUUUCAGGAAGAACAGAAGGCAGAAGCAAAAGGAAAUAACUUAUCUCAAGCUUCUUCCCUUACACCCAGAAAGCGGAACCCUGCAGUCGUGAAUGAGCCACCCUUUGAGCACAGUAAAAAGGAGUUGACUGAACUGCUGUGUAUGAAGCUUGUUCAGCAUGCUAGAGAACUAUCACUUUGUUCAUCGGGAACCACAACAGGACUACCCCCGUCAUUAGAGGGUCGUUGUGCGGCGAAUGCCUGCUUUGCUUUGGGUUAUUUGCUGUCGCUGAAGAUUGAGAUAGACGCUACUGCAAAUGCACCAGCUAGUCCAGGACAAGAACCGCGUGACGCAAAAACGCCAUCUCCAGCGUCUCGUCCGCCUGCUACCUUGCUGCAAACACAGGAUGAUACUUCUUACACCAUUUCGUCUACGUCGGAUGGUGGUGGUAAAGCACGAGGAGCCGACGCCAAGAAAGAGAAAGACUCCAACAUUUUCAAAGUCCUCUUUGUCGCAUGUUCGCCUGUGCUUAAAGCGCUCGUGUCACUACUAUCGAAGAUGCCAACUGCGGCUCUCUUUGCCUUGGCGAGUUUCUUCGAGAAUUGCCCUCGCCUUCUUCAGCCUGAAUUAGCAACGGCUUUUGUAGAAGUUGGCGGACUCAGAGAGUUAGAAACACUGGAGACAGGAAUUACGUCUAAAAUGAUGAUGUUGUGGCAGAACUGCGGGCAGAAGUCGUUUUUGGCAGUGGAAAAAUCGCCUCCGUCGAGGAAGACGGACCGCUCAAAAACAACUUCUCUUUUUACUACAGAAUCCGACCCUUCAAGAGCUUCAUCGCAGUUGCCAGUAUCAACGUUUUUCUCCGUGAAUGAUCACCGAUUAGCAAAGUCGAAAUCAGAUCACAAGAAUCAGCACAGUGCUGAAGAACAAGAUGGCAAAAUAAAGUUGAACAGAGUAGUAGAAUUUCAGAUAGCUGAGUGUGUAGAGGAGGGCGAAGCAUCAGGAAUGUUGGCGCGGGAAGUAUGUGGAGAUCCUGAAGCAGACGUAAAUAACAAGAAGGCUGCACUUAGUACAGCCAAUGCGGGAGAUGAAGUCCUAUCUGGCGAACACGAUGAGGACGACCGAGAAGUAGAACUACAGGAACUAAGUAGGAAUAUGGCCUUCAAAAGUUUUGACAACUUAGCAGAAGGCGAUAUUGGUCUGCGUUGGGACCGUUUUGCUGCGUUUGAGUUUUCUCUUCUACGUCUCCUACAGGAGCUCGCACAAGGAGGAGCGGCAGUGCGACGGGAACUGUGCGCCAAAAAUAUACCUUUCCUUAUGGCUCCUGAGACUGCGUUUCAUACUGAUUGUGGGCCAUUCUACGGUCAUCAGGAAAAGAGUUCUUUCUUAAUCAAAGAGAGUAGAUCUCUAGCUUUUGGAUCCAAGGGCUCUCUUUGCGUAGGCCUUUCUAAUUCUGUGCGACGCGUCUUCCUUCUCGCAGAAGAUGACUCAGACAAAGAUCUGCUGAAGCAAGCGCUUCUCGCGUGUGGCUUGCUCGCCGCGUCUGAGCCUGAGGCACAGGCCACAUUGUUGUCUCAAGCUUUGGCGCAACGAAUAGUGGCACUAGCAAAUAGUAGGGAACAGCCACAUUCUGUAGUGCGGACUGCUGAGUGGGUCGCUCAUAGUGGUUUUGCCACGCAUGUUGUCGACAAUCUGAGGAGUAAUUUGCGCAAUGAGGAGGAGAGCGGAGACCAUGAUACCCUUUUGGGACCAGGAAGUAGUGCAAUAGCGAAAAGUUCUGGACUUUUGCUGGGAGGGAAGAAGAGCACAACAACAAUUUAUGGAUUGGUUGUCCUUUUAGAGUUCUAGGAUUCAAACCAGAAGAGGCCCCAUUCAAUGACAAUCUUAAUUCCUAUCUGCUGUGCGUCAAAUAAGAGGCUUUUAUUUUGAAUGACACUGCAAAUUCCUAUGUGCUGCGUCACGUCUAAUAUUGCACGGAGAAAGACGCUGUUAUUUUUUCGCCUUCGGGCGAAGGCACCGACCAUAACAAGCAGCAAACUCGUGGAUCGCCUUCGCGACGUCUGAGGACCACAACAGCGUCAGAGGGCGCAAAAGGAAGCAACUAUAGUCAUCCGAGCAGCCCACAGCCUGGUCAAGGUGACAACUUCUCAGCGAGGAGGACAAACACAAAGCGAGAAGACCACUCUUCACCUCUACCGACGAAGAAAGAGCAGCGCCAUAGUUCUUAUAGAGGAGCUACUACUUUCUCGACAUCAUCGCCACGUGGUAAAGCUUCGCCACGUGGAACUGAACUUGGGCGUCGCAGCUCAAUGGCCGAACACAGAGCACACAAAAGCCGAGCGCAGAGCAGAAAAACUCAGAAAAAGUUAUGAAUUUACGUUCUAGUAGAUGGACACCCUGUGACGUUGAUGCACAUUCAUAAAUACUACUUCAUUGCACCGAAUAGCUAUUAUUUUAGUACAACGAGAAUGCAACUUGCAUUCCGCCACAAUAAAGUGGUGGCACGAUGCAAGAAGAAGUAGAGAAGGAGUAAUGCUUAACCCCUAGAGUGGGUAAGUACAUUCAUUCACUCAUUCAUUCAUUCACUCACUCAUUUACUCACUCAUACUUUUCUAAGCAAGACGACGCAACUUAAGCGGAAUCUAGCAGGUGAGGUGCGAGAGCUCUUUGCCUCACUGUCGCAAAGUCUUCCCGCGGGAACGGAAACGCGAGAUGAGUAAGGCGUGCUGAACGGUUCCAAGCAAUAAUCUCUGAAUGUGAUUUCUGAUAAGUGAACAGGCCAACGCCUAAACCACUAAGCCAAAAACCUGAGUUCUUUUUGUAUUUAGACGUAGUUGGGUCCAUCCAGUACAGGAUACUUGAAAGGCCUCAACAGCAAAACACAUAAAAGAGGGUCCAUGACAUGACAUGACAUGACAUGACAUGACAUGACAUGACAUGACAGUAGCAGUUGAAAUAGCAUACGAACCGUGUUAAGUAUAUCAAUGUCUAUGAAUUAUUUCUCUUUGUACUUACAGGACUGAGUAUGAGUUUCAAUAGGCCCCCUAGGAAGUUGCAUUUGCAGUUGCACAGACCGAUGAGAGUUGUUGGAAAAGAUUAGUACUCUCGCAUAGGAUCAUUUUUAGCAGUGAAUAUUGAAUGCUAGUAGCACGAUUGUACUCAGUAAUGCCAAGUUGUAAGUACUUAUAUGCAGAAUAUAAUUAUCCUGUCAGAAGACGCGAUAGUGGCUUUAGAGUAAGCAUGCAAUUUCGAUAUGGACUCGAUGCAAUUAUACUCAACCAAGUGAUCAUACAAGCAGCAGCGAACGCGAACGUGAACAAGAAAAUACUCGAUGGAAAUUUAGGGCAAUCUUGAACAAAUCGAAGUGGGAUAGAGACACUAGUAAAGCGCGACAGUUCGCAGUGCUGUCAUUCGUAGCAAGUUCCUCGGUCACGUACCGACACACGAGUACGAG